AGAGACAGAGAGACAGAGAGAGAGAGAGAGAGAAAGACAGAGAGAGGAAAUGUGACACACCCCCUGCGCUGCUGUUGGCGCCCCUCAGAUCAACUAUCAGAUGGUUUCCUCAUCAGUGAGGACCGCAGACUGGCUUUUCCGGUCAUCUCGAGCUGUGCAGUGAGUUCGCCUGUGAGUCCCGGUGAUAGACAGGAGGGACCAGUGAUCACCGCUGAUCGCUGCUGCCGCCGCCGCCGCUGCUGCUGCUGCUGCUGUGAUGAGGAGGACGACACUGUCCUGUGGCGGAUCAUCUCCAAGACUGGACUGUUGAAGACCUCUCCUCACCUCCACCCUCCACCCACCCCUCCCCCCUUUUCUCUUCGGAUCUUAAGAAAGCGACACAAGCUCCAGGAUUACGUGAACACGUCCAGGCUCCUACAGUUUAUGAUCCUGACAGGAUGGGGGACUCACUCUGCAUUUCCCAUCGUGCCACUGGAGCAGUGCUCAGGAGAAGGAGCUUUAUCACAGUUCUACCUUUUGCUUUACUGUUACCAACAGUGAGAGUCAGUGCACAGUUAAUGGGAAGCCCCCUGGACUGCCACAAGAUUUGUGUGUGCGCCAGCAACAUUGUCAGCUGCUCCAAGAUGAAUCUAACCAACAUUCCCAGCGCUCUUCCACAAUAUACAGCGGUUCUGGACCUCAGCUUCAACUCCAUCACCAGGCUACGUGCUGAGUGGACCCCUGUCACACUCAGCAGACUGCACACUCUGCUGCUCAGCAACAACGGCCUCAAUUUUCUGUCCUCUGAGGCCUUUGUGCAUGUGACAAAGGUUCAGUACCUGGACCUGUCCUCCAAUCGCCUCCACCAGCUGGACGAGCUCAUCUUUGAGCCGCUGGAACACCUGAAGGUGCUGCUGCUUUACAACAACUGCAUCUCUCAGAUAGAUCGCUCUGCUUUCUCUGGCCUCCUCAAUCUGCAGAAGCUCUACCUGAGCCACAACCAGAUCUCCCGCUUCCCCUUGGAGUUGGUGAAAGAGCGGAGCCGGCUGGAAACUCUUAGACUGCUGGAUGUUUCCUCCAACCGAAUCAAAGUCCUGCCCCUGCAUGAGCUUCAGGCUCUGCCCGCCUGGAUCAAGAAUGGUCUGUACUUCCACAACAACUCUCCUCCCUGCAGCUGUGAGCUGUAUGAAGUGGUGGCACGCUGGCACCUCAAGGAGCUCAGCUCUGCCACUGACUUCAGGAGGAACCACACUUGUGUGUUGCCAGGGCCGCAGAAAGAGAAAAUGGCCAUAAUGGAUCUGAACAAGGUGAAUCUGAACUGCAGUGAGGUCACAGCUAUGGAUAAAGAAGCCUAUCUGGAGCAGUUCCUGGUGUUGGACUGUGACACCAGGCAGAGGGACGUGAAGAAGAGCUGGGCGCUGCCUGGAAACAUCCCACUGUCUUCAGCAAACAAGACUGCUGUGAUGCGUCUUGACGGCAACCUCCAGAUUGGGCCCCUGAGGACAGACGACUCAGGGGUCUACACCUGCUUCGCCACAAGUGACUCCUUCAACGAGACACUGUAUGUAACUGUAGUGGUGUUUAAUUCCACCAUGAACGGUGGACUGGAGAACCUAAAAACGGCCUACACCACCCUUGUUGCGUGUCUGGUCAGUGUAGUUAUGGUUCUCAUCUACCUCUAUCUCACACCCUGCCGCUGCGCCUGUUGUCCAGGUCAAGGCCUGGAGAAAAACGAACCCCAAGACAGCCUUCACUCUUCAACCGUCAGCAUCUCUCAGGCACACGAGGAGACGGAGCAAGAGAGAGUGGAAGGCGGAGGCUUCCCCUACAGACAUGUGGGCUUCCUGGAAAUCAAGGACCAGCUGGAGCAGAACGGGAGGUUGAAUCCAAUAGGUGAGGAAGACGAGGAGUGGCAAGGGGACAACAGGGAGAGAAGGAGGUCAGACGCAGAGUCCGUUAGCUCUGUGUGCUCCGAUACCCCCAUGGUGGUGUAAGAGUCAGUGACAGAGCCUGCAGGGUAAGUCAGUGAUGUGCUCGAUCCACGCAGCCGCUCCACAGAGAUUUGAACGUGAGCGAGAUUCAAACGUUAUUAUAUUCCACACAAAGUUAAAGCUUCAGUUGGCCUUCACAGUUGGUGGCACUGUUUCAGUCGCAUGUACUGUUGAUAUUUCAGCGCAUACUCUAUUUAUCUCAUACAGGACUGAAAUUGAAAUGAUUAUUAUUACUUAACAUUGCAAAAGUGGCAUUUGUGAUGACACAGGAAUAACUAUAUUUUUGUGAGGAUACAUCACAAAUUACUCCUUUAAUUAGUUUCACUAGUCUCACUUUUUACCACAGUUAAACUUGGCUUAUCCUGCAAGAAAAUCACUAUGCAAGUAAGUACAUUUUUUAGUUUAAAAUUAUACAAACAGCAUGAAAACAUUUCUGAUGUUAUUCCUCAGUUUAACUUGCCUCUGAAUAUCCUGAGGCUGCACGUUAAAUACAAGUUAUCCAGCUUUUUUAUGCACGGGGGAACCUUGGCACUGCAAAGAUGAGAAGUGUUGAAGAUGGUGGACAGUAGCUGCUGCCUGAAAGAGGAACUCAUUUUUAUCGGAGCUCGCUUAAUUUUUGCUGCGAGUUGUUCAAUAUUUAUGCUUUAUUUUACAUUCCUGUUUGGUUUUGGUUGACCUUUACAGCACGUGAUACUGUAAGGAUUACUCUUAUGCAAUUUUUGUCAUUUUAAAUGAUUCUAGAUUUGAGUGUGAUUCAGUGCAGAAUCUUUAAACUUUGUAUGCAGGUCUAUUUUAAAAGCCAUUUUUGAUUCAACAUAGUUACUGAAGCAUCGACACAAUUUUUGUGAUACACUUUACUUUUGCUGCAAUUCACUUUAUUCUGAUUCUGGGGAAUCAUCAUUUAAAUUUAGUUAAAAUUGUUUCUCAGCACACAUGAACACACACACUGUAGUUGUUACUGAAACUGAUGUCUAGUUUUUACAUCAAUAUAAACAUAAUUAUUGACUAUUAACAGAGAAAUUUACAUGAAAUAUUGAUUUUAAGUUGAGGCAGUUAUUUUAUCUUGAUACAUAGAACCAGGUUGCACUGCAAAACUGCAAAACACAUUUUUAAUAAUUGCCCUCUAAUUGUGAGACAAAAAUUAUGAUCCCCUGAUUGCAACACAUCUGCUUAUUCUCACCAUGAUUAUGUCAAAAGGAAAUUCCUUUCAGAGCACCUGUGUACAAUGUCAUCAGGAACUGAACUUCAUCUGUACAUUAACUUUACCUGAGGUGUCUGCAGAGAUAACACAGCUUCUAACUCAGAAAAAAAUUAAGCAUUAUAAUAAGCUAAAGCACAUUUCAGUAACAUUAACAAACAUUCCACAAGUCGACAAUGUCACACAGCUGUCCGUGCAGGUUUUGUCCCCACACCCAGGUUUGGGAACCUCGUCUCUAGUUCGAACAUCUUGGAAAAGGUUUAAUCAUGUUGAAAAAUACUGUGAUGGCAAUUGUGGGAAUUCUGCUGUGGGCUGUGUUUCCGUUACAGUGAGUCCAGUUUCCGAAAAUAAAAUCUACUGUUAUGAUGCAGUUAAAAUUAAAUGGUGUGUUCAGAGUGAGAUUCAGACCAGUAACAAAUGUAGCUCCUGCCAUAUUGGAUAGUUAAUAGCAGCCAGGAAGCAUUGCCCAGGGGAAACAACUGAGAGCUAAGACCAUCUACUGAAUGCUUCUGGGCAUUAGUGCCCAACCCAGAGCAAAUCAACAAAUGCCAACCAGCCAGCCAGAAGUCUCAUAAACACAGUCAGAAAUAGCAGCUUGUAGCGCCGCCAACACACAGGCUGCCUAACACAGCUGAAAUGUAAAUAUAGAAGUAGCAGUUUUCAAACACGUCUUAAUUUUAGUUCCAUUGCUAAAAUACCUUGAAAUUGUUGAUUUUAGAGGUUCAGAUUAUUAACUUGAAUAAACGCUGUUUUUUUUUUCCAUUCUGUAUGCACACAUACAAAUCAGGAAAACUGAAACUGAAUUUUCUUUAACUCACAAAUAACUGACAUUUUGCUAAUUAAAUUCAUGCUGCUUAUUACAGAUCACACACAUGCAUGAUAAUAUGACAGUGAGGAGACUUAACAGCAAAAUACACCAGUCCCAGAUGAUAGAUGUAGCGAUGGACAGAGCUUUUGUUUUGAAAUAACAAUAAUAUUUUUUAUCCUCUCAGUUCUCAUGGUGCUUUUUCAAAAUAAUGGAGGUAAAUAUACACCUUAACUAAAUGUCCGUACCGAACCAUAAGCUCUGAAUAUCAUCCUAACAUUGUGAGUAUUGUCUAAAAGUAUUAUAAUGUAGCUAUACAUGCUGAGGAAGGUCAUUAAAUGAUAUCUCUCAAACGGACACAUAUCUGCUGUAUGCUAAUGUUGUACAUAUUACUCCUAUAACCAAAGAUUGAGUUACAUACGUACAUUGACAGUUAAUAGCCUACAUGUUCAGUGUUAACAGUCAGUACAGUUAUAUUGUCAUUAGUAUGUUGAUGUUACUUACUGCAUUUCUGUGUUAAGCCACAAACUUAGAGUUUUAAUAUAUGCAAUCCUGUAUAUGGACGUACUGUAUUUCAUUAUUUGUUGUAUAAUAUCUUGUCUGUUCAUGUAUUGUUCCUGCAUUUCAUAAACUACGCAAAUAUGGAAACAUAGAGUGAAUGAUGUCCACUAUAUCCUGCGAGGUGAAGGCAUUAAAUGUGUCACACGGAGCUGCAGUUACAGAUCUUUUAAAGAAUAGAUGACACCACUCUCACAUUUUUAUGUUAAAUAUAAAGCUACAGCCAGUUAGUUUAGAUCAGCAUAAAGACUGGAAACAGGGGGAAAAAACCGUCACAAAGCACAUCUCAUUUGUUUCAGCUGUAUCAAAAAUAAAUUUAAAAAAACAAGUGUAAAAA